AAAAGAUUUUUUGCUAUAUCAUUCCUUUUCUAUAAUCCUUAGUGUUUAAAUUUGGAUUGAGCUCAUAUAUAAUUAACUGUAAGAGAAGUUAAAGCUUUUAAAAUGAACAUGAACAUGGAAGUAGAUGGGGAAGUGCGAAGGCACAAUAGCUUUACGAGCCCAAAUAUCUCUCGUGCACCGGUUGCAAAGAGAUUAGGGAGAGAACGAUGUCGAAGUUAUCACGCGCAAACACCUGAGGCUGAAAAAAAUCUAGUUCGAAAAAGUGCACCUAUGAGAAUUGUGCCUAAAAUGUCGUUUAGAGUGGUGCGUAGUUCUAAAUUUCGCCAUGUGUACGGGCAAGCCCUCAAGCGUGAGCAGUGUUACGAUAAUAUUAGGGUGUCGAAGAGUUCUUGGGACUCGACGUUCUGCGCCGUGAACCCCAAGUUCCUUGCCAUCAUCGUCGAGUCCGCGGGAGGUGGCGCCUUCAUCGUGCUGCCCCACAACAAGGUCGGCCGUAUCCCAGCAGACCACCCACUGGUUGGAGGUCACAAAGGCCCAGUAUUGGACAUCGCCUGGUGCCCCCACAACGACAAUGUCAUCGCCAGUGGCUCUGAAGACUGCGUCGUCAAGGUGUGGCAAAUUCCCGAUGGCGGCCUAUCGCGGACGCUGACGGAGCCAGUGGUAGAUUUGGUGCUUCACCAGAGGCGAGUCGGUCUCGUUCUGUGGCACCCGACAGCGCAGAACGUUCUGCUAACUGCUGGCUCUGACAAUCAGAUCGCGAUAUGGAACGUGGGUACCGGCGAAGUUCUGAUCACGCUGGAUUGCCAUCCCGACCUCAUCUACUCUGCGUGUUGGAACUGGACCGGCAGCAAACUGCUCACCACUUGCCGAGACAAGAAAAUACGCAUCAUCGACCCUCGCAAGGGCGAGGUGGAGGCGGAGGCGAUAGCGCACGAGGGCAGCAAGGCCUCGCGCGCCAUCUUCCUCAAACACGGACUCGUCUUUACAACCGGUUUCAGUCGCAUGUCAGAGCGGCAAUACUCGCUGCGCACCCCGGACGCGCUCGGCGAGCCCAUCGUGACGGUGGAGAUUGACACCAGCAACGGUGUCAUGUUCCCACUCUACGACCCCGACACCAACCUCAUCUACCUCUGCGGCAAGGGAGACUCGGUCAUCCGGUACUUUGAGGUAACGCCGGAACCGCCAUUCGUGCACUACAUCAACACCUUCCAAACGCCAGACCCGCAAAGAGGUAUCGGCAUGAUGCCCAAGCGAGGUUGCGAUGUCGCGACGUGUGAAAUUGCCAAAUUCUACAGGCUGAACAACUCUGGUCUGUGUCAGGUGGUAUCAAUGACGGUGCCCCGCAAAUCGGAGCUGUUCCAAGAGGACUUAUACCCCGACACGCUCAGCGACGAGGCUUCUCUUACGGCCGACGAGUGGGCCGGCGGCGAGGAUGCGGAGCCCUGCACCAUGUCGCUCAAGGAGCGUGCGCUUGUCGUGCAGGGCGGCUACGUGUCCGGCCGCGCCGCCACGCAGCUCCACGUCACCAAGAAGGCCAACGCGCUCGCGGGUGCGAAGGAGAAGGAGCGCGACAAGGACAGGUCGCCGACGCCCGCGCAGAAGAGGGACGACAGUCAGUGCGUCACUCCGGCCAGCGCGACGCCUCCGCCGGCUGUGACUGCUGUUAUUGAGAAACAGCUAUCCGACCUAAUGGACGAGAUCCGGAAACUGAAAUCCGUGAUAGUGAAACAAGAGAACCGCAUCAGAGCGCUCGAGGCCACCGUGAAGGAGGCCGCCGUGAAGCCGCCCCUCUCCCCGCAGCCCUCCCCCCAGCCCUCCCCGCAGCCCAACCACACCGACAACAUGGCGCCCGACGAGGUGUGAGCGCGGGAUGGCGGCCGAGACUAACGAGGUCUGUUAUAAACCAACACCAACUGGCGACUGAGGUGAUAAUGACAUUUCUUUCACUCUUGUCUUAAUCUUAACAAGGGUAAAGAAGAUAGCAUUAUGAUUACGACCUCUGUCGCCAAUUGGUAUUGCGGUGGUAAUUAUAGAAAAGAUGUCGCUGGCUAAACAUAUUUAAUUGCUAUACAACAGGGAGCUAAGUUAACUGGAGACUUUUAUUUGUAAUUUUAUAAUAAAUGUUUUGACUAACUCGUUCAGAUUUUUAUGACGAUUUAAACCUGGAGCAAAAAGUGAUGCCUUGUCCGGUACAGGCUUCGCGUUUUUUCUCUUAUAAUUACCAAAUGCUAGUGACAUCUCGCGGAUUUCGGUAGUAAGUUUGAUAUCUGAUUUUUUGAAGUAACGUUCGUUUUUAUUUUACUAAAAUUAUAUUUGACAUUGUUUCGAUAGCUAAACAAAAUACGAGGACGGUAUUUUUGUGUUAGUUUGAAAGCAAUGCUAAGCGUUGUUGGAAAUAUCUCAUACCUGACUGUCGUCCUGAAGAAAACACUAUGUUAUUGUGCUAAAAUGAACGUUUUUAAAUAUUUAUAGUAAUGAAAUAUGUUUGAUAAUUAUCUCUGUAUUUUUUUAUUUAAAAAAAAACAGUCUCUGAUAAAUUCACUGUGCAAAAAAUGUUACAUACACUUUUUUGUGCAGUAAAAUUUAAGUAAAUAAUGUAUUUUCUCAAUGGACGACAGGUGUGUGAUGUAAUUUCCAAUAUGCAAUAGAGAUACUUAAUUCGGUUAGGUAUUUAAAUAAUUUUACAAUUCAAUAUCGGUAUCAUUACUUUGAUAAGUUGAUUUUACAUUGUUAAUUAUCAAUCAACAAAGAUGUUACACAUCAUUUGUAAUUAUUUAUUUUGAUAAAUAACAUAGCAAAUUUCUGUCAUAGAUAUAUUGUUUUGCCCUCAAAUAAUAACGCUUUAGAGUCUGUUUUUAUCGGUUCCGUGUAACUUUUUAAAAUUAUUUGUAUACUAAACCGAAUCGAGUAUAUUUUAUUUAUUAAUAACAUUGUAAAUAUUAAGGUUAGCGAGUGAUACGCAAUAAUGUGCCUUAUUUUACACUAUACAAAGUAGCCAUUUUGAUGACGUCACAAAAAUUAAAAAAAGAACAAAUUGGUGAUGAUUUUUUUGCAUUUAGUGUUCCGUAGGUUUUACAAUUCGCCACUUUUGGCGCUAAGGCACUUCUAAAAAAUCUCUAUUUCCCAAAAGUUUAACUUUUCAAACGUUUCCCAUCUAAGGUUCUUAUGAUA